CCCCCGCUCCCUGCCAGGGAGGCUGAGGCACCGGCCGCCGCUGCCCGGCCUCCCCGCGCACCCGCCCCGGGGCAGCGAGGCGCCGGGAGGAUGCGAGUGGGCGCUGCGGGCGGCGGCGAGGCGAGGGUCGGGCGGCCGGCGGCGUUGGGAGUUCCCGGCUCACCCGCCGCCCCCCCGCCCCAAAAGAAGUGCAGUAGUUUGUGAAACGCAAGAUGGCGGCGCGGCCGUGAGCGAAGGCGGCAGGCGGGCGGGCGGCGCGGGCGCGGGCUGAGGGGGCGAGGCGGAGCGGCGCCGUCAGAUCAGGAUGUGCAGCACUGGAGAUCAACACCGAUUUCAAUAAACCACGUAAUGGAGGCGCUUCUGGAUCUGUAAAAGGACUCAGAGUAUCUGCAACAGUGAACACUAUCUGGUGGUGGAUGUGGACUUUAAAACAGUGUGUCUCAACAUCUCAUCCUCAACUAUUUUUAAUCUGAUUGCACUACAAAAGAAAAAGCUGCUAAUGGGAUAAAUGUUGAGACUUUACAAGAACUGACUUGAAGUACCAAAAGCCAUUAUUACUAAUCAAGAAGACCUUGAAGCUAAGUCUGUAUCUGACCAGUCAGUAUCAUUUUCACAUAACAGGCAUGGCAAGUAAACGAAAAUCAACAACACCAUGCAUGGUCUUAGCCAACGAGCAGGAUCCAGAUCUAGAAAUGGUAUCAGACUUGGAGGAAGGACCACCUGUACUUGCGCCAGCAGAUAACCCCACAGCAGAGAGCGUAACAAGUGAUGAGGAUGUUCACGAGUGCGUGGAUUCAGACAAUCAGAAAAAUACAAAUAAAGUAGAAGGUGGUUACGAGUGUAAAUACUGUACUUUUCAAACUCCAGAUCUCAAUAUGUUUACUUUUCAUGUGGAUUCAGAACAUCCCAACGUAGUAUUAAAUUCAUCCUACGUUUGCAUAGAAUGCAAUUUCCUUACCAAAAGAUACGAUGCGCUCUCAGAACAUAAUUUGAAGUACCACCCUGGAGAGGAGAAUUUUAAAUUGACCAUGGUGAAACGUAAUAAUCAGACAAUCUUUGAACAAACAGUAAACGAUCUCACUUUUGAUGGGAGUUUUGUUAGAGAAGAAAACGCUGAACAGGCCGACUCUUCGGAGGUCCCCUCAUCAGGGAUCUCAAUUAGCAAAACUCCUAUUAUGAAAAUGAUGAAAAACAAAACUGAGACUAAACGUAUAGCUGUUUUCCACAAUGUAGUUGAUGACAUUCCUGGUGAAGAAAAGGGAACUGAAAAUGAGCCAAACUCUGAAGAAGUAGUAGAAAACCCACCACCGGCAGUUUCAGAGUCAAAAGCGAGCCAUUCAGUUGUUUGCAGUGCAGCAGACGUGGCUAGUGCAGUAGUGACUCCAGCACCAGUUCUUCAGCCUGGGGUGGCACAGGUCAUAACAGCUGUUACAGCUCCACAGAACUCAAACCUGAUUCCAAAAGUCCUAAUACCUGUAAAUAGCAUUCCAGCCUAUAAUACUGCUUUGGAUAACAAUCCUCUUUUGCUUAACACCUACAACAAAUUCCCAUAUCCAACCAUGUCGGAAAUCACUGUUCUUUCCACUCAAGCUAAGUACACAGAGGAACAGAUUAAAAUAUGGUUUUCUGCCCAGCGUCUGAAACAUGGUGUGAGCUGGACACCGGAAGAAGUGGAAGAAGCGAGGAGGAAACAAUUUAAUGGUACAGUGCAUACUGUGCCACAGACAAUUACUGUUAUUCCAGCACACAUUUCCGCCACUAGCAAUGGUUUACCUUCAAUUUUACAGACAUGCCAAAUAGUCGGUCAGCCAGGACUCGUUCUUACUCAAGUUGCAGGUGCAAAUACCUUACCAGUAACAGCCCCAAUAGCUUUGACUGUAGCGGGAGUCCCAAACCAAACACAGUUACAGAAGAGUCAGAUUCACACUUCUCAGCCUGUUGCAGAAACCAAACAAGUAGCUGCCGUUCCAGCCCCUCAGCCUAUCAAAAAUGAAUCCACACUGAUGAAUCCUGACUCUUUCGGCAUCCGAGCGAAAAAAACUAAGGAACAACUGGCAGAAUUGAAAGUCAGCUACCUUAAAAAUCAGUUUCCUCAAGAUUCAGAAAUUGUUAGGCUUAUGAAAAUAACAGGCCUGACUAAAGGAGAGAUCAAAAAGUGGUUCAGCGAUACACGUUACAAUCAGAGAAACUCAAAGAAUAACCAUGGGAUUCAUCUCAACAGUGAUGCAUGUGCCACCAUUGUUAUUGAUUCAAGUGAUGAAAUGAAUGAGUCCCCGACAGGAGUUGCUCCACAGAGCAAGUCAUCGUGGAGCACUUUUCCUGAUUUCACCCCACAGAAAUUCAAAGAGAAAACUGCUGAACAACUGCAAGUCCUCCAAGCAAGUUUUCUUAAUAACCCUGUCCUUACUGACGAAGAGAUGAAUAGGUUAAGAGCCCAAACCAAACUGACUAGGAGAGAGAUUGAUGCCUGGUUUACAGAAAGAAGGAAAUCAAAUGUCUUAAAGGAAGAGGGAGCUGACUUGAAUGAGAGCAAUGCUGGCAGCUCAAAAGAAGAGGCUGGAGAAACAUCUGUGGGAGAUGGAGCAGCAGGAGGAAAAUCAGGGUGUUCUACUUCAAGCAAAAUAGGCAAAAAAUCACCAGAGCAGUUGCACAUGCUUAAAAGUUCCUUUGUCCGUACUCAGUGGCCGUCUCCACAAGAAUACAACAAACUGGCAGAAGAAACUGGGCUUCCAAGAUCUGAAAUCGUGAGCUGGUUUGGUGAUACUCGCUAUGCCUGGAAAAAUGGUGGAUUGAAAUGGUAUUAUUAUUACCAGAGUGCCAGUGCAAACAGUCUGAAUGGCCAAGGCUUUGCAAGGAAGAGAGGGAGAGGAAGACCAAAAGGGAGGGGAAGAGGGAGGCCUCGGGGGAGGCCUCGGGGAAGCAAGAGGUUAAAUUGCUGGGACAGAGGCAUGUCUGUCAUAAAAUUCAAAACUGGAACAGCAAUCCUGAAGGACUACUAUAUGAAGCACAAAUUCCUUAAUGAGCAAGACCUCGAUGAACUGGUAGCCAAAUCUCACAUGGGAUAUGAGCAGGUCAGAGAGUGGUUUGCAGAAAGGCAAAGAAGAUUAGAACUUGGAAUAGAACUGUUUGAUGAGAACGAGGAGGAAGACGAAAUGCUGGAAGAUCAGGAAGAUGAGGAAGAAACAGAUGAUAGUGAUACUUGGGAACCCCCUCGACAUGUUAAGCGUAAACUUUCAAAAUCAGAUUGAUGUGCAAUUUGGGGGCCAAAAACCUAUGAAUUAGGUUUGAUCUUAUGGUGAAGAGCCAAAUGAUUUUUCAUGGCCUUCAGUUUAGCAAGCACCUGCUUAGCAUCUUCCUUCCACCUAAAAGAACAUGGGCAAGAUGCUGCCUGUGCAGGCAACAACUAUUUGCUUCCUUGCUACAAGAGAUGGACAUCCACAGGCCCAGCCUAGGACAUGGGGUUAUAAAUCGAAUCCAGUUCAGCUCCUCCUCUUCCACAUUACCAACGGGAAGGUUCAUGUUCAUCAUUGACGUGACUGCUUCUCAAUAUUUAAAUGCCUUAUGUUGUUUAAUUCCAAAAAAACCACAUUUUUUUUGUUGAUGUAGGAGAACAUUGCCUGCUCAUGAAGGAGGAAAAUACAAAAACCUAAGAUGUCUUUUUGCAAACAUCGCUUCACCUGAAAGGUUUCAAGGCCUGGGUUUAUUUCUUAAGGAAAGAGUUCAAAACAAAAGAGAAGGGGAAAAGUGUGACAAAGGAAUCAAUGAACCUAGGGGUGAGGAUUGCUUGGUUUAAGAAAAUGAGGUGAUAUUGGCACCUUUUGCGUAUCUUCAGAGUGUUUUGGGUUUACAGAACUUGUGCUGAAAUGUUCCUUAUUGAUAAUUAUGAGCUAACUGAAUGAGUCUAAUGCUAGAAGAUGCUUUUUGUUACAUUUAAUCAGUGUAUCUUACAUCAAUUUAAUUUAAAUGCCUGACAGACUUGAUGCAGUUGAUAGUAACAUUUGGUUUUAGCUUGUGCAUUCUUUCCUUUGUUGGAAAUGGUAAAAAAAGUAUGUAUAUUUCUAGCUAAAAAGAAUAAUUUCUUGAAAUCUUACACUGAAUUUUAAGGUAAACGUGAGGUGGAAACUGCCUAAAAUUUGUUCAGAGUUGUUUAGGGGUUUGUAAGAAUACACAGAUACAGAGAUGAAAAGCGUCUUUGGGUGCUAGUAAGAAGGGUUUUCAAGUAAGUUGUGGCAAUGACGUGAAGUUUAAUUCUCAAACAAAAUUAAGUUAUAUGGCUUUUAGAUGCUUAGGAAUGAUAAACAUGUUAGUAUUUAAUUGUUCUUCAGCAGUAGCCCAGUUGAAUGAUUCGUGUGCAAGUUUAACUUAAAAUCAUCCUGAUGGACUGAGUUCACCACUCUGCUGAUUGUUCUUAGGGCUGAAUGCACUUAUUUUUAGAGGUGGUUUGAUCUACCUGAACUGAACUCUAGAAAUAAUUUAAUCUGAUACGAAACUUCUACAUCUUGAAUAAGUGUCUUUUAAAAAGAUUUUUAAAAAAAAAGCCAUUUAAGGUAUUGAAAUCAUAGUUGAGUUUGAAUUACCAACUUAAAAACAGUGGGCCAAAUACACAGAAGUUAGUUUAGGCAGAUGUCUGGCAUUCUAGAGAACUGGUACUCUGAGGAAGAGUAGUUUGUGUUCUUGCUACUGUUGGUCUGCAUUUUUUAAGGAUAAGUUACUUUAUAUUUAGAUGUCAAAAGAUGCUGAUGAAUUGGUGCUGCUGUUGCCAGCAUUGUCUGCUUUUACGUUGGCACUAACAGAAAGGAUACUAGCAAUCUCCUUUUGCACAUCUGUCAGCAUCUUCUCUGUAGGCUUCUGCAUCUGAUGACCAAUAAGAGACAGAUUAAUGUAGAGAAAAUGUUUCUUAAUGUUUUCACAUUUCCAAAAACCUAAUCUGGAUUUACUCUUUCUUCCUCACUGUGAUAACUGUCAAAAGACCAAGAAAGUCCUCUGAAGCAGAGGAGUCCAUGUUAGAUCUGUUUUUCAUACCUGAUUGCGGGUGAAACCCAGGUCAAAGCAAGAAAGGGAAUAACAUCUGACAAAAAAAAUACUGUUAACUCACUUUCCUCUCUGGACACUUGUAGCUGCCCUUCUGCUCCCAGAUUGAACAGGCUGCCCGAGUUGCAGGAGGAUGUUCUGUGUGAAAGCCAUUUACCAGGGUGAGCUCCUCUGACUAUUUGAGAUUGCUGGGAAGAAAAAGGCAAUGGCUUUUGGUGUGUGACAGGAAUUUGAUGAUGAAAUUAUUUCCUGGCUUCCAAGACUCAAAUCGGUGAGGUGCAAAGUGGCCAGCCGUGCUAGAGAGGAUUAGCCAAGAAUCCCUCAGUUUCAUUUUGGGGUGGGGGAGAAGCAAAACCAUGUUUUCAUUGGAGUGCUUGUGACUCUGGAUAUGAGGUGGUGUAAGAGAGAUCAGGAUCUGGCCUUUCCAGCAUUGACUGCUACUUGUGGUUGGGAGGUAUUCUUGUUUGGCUGGUAGUGGGAUGCGUGAGGCUGUUGUAGAUGCCAGCAGAUAGAAGAAAGACUCACUUUAGCUUCAAACUUUGCUGGGAAUACGGGGUCAAAAAUCAGUGCUUGCUGAGUGGGAAAGGACAAAGCUAUUAGAGAAAGAAAUGCUAUUUUUAAGUUUCCAAAAAUAUUAGAGCAAACCCUUGAAAUCCUUGGGAAUAUGCCUCUAGCAAGCAAAAUCUGGACUUGCCUUAAUCCUUAAGGUUGACCCAGAAUUAAUUUUCAAAAGAAAAAAAAAACCCACCCAAGCAACCUGUCCAAAUAAACAUCUCUAUUUCUUGUUAGCCAAGACUGCAUUUAGGAUAGCAUUAAAUCCAACCUUCUUUAAAAGAUGGGAAAAAUAAAGAUCUGAGUUAAUUAUAAGAUUAAACUGGGACAUUUUCCAUUUUGGCAGUGUUCUGUUAAAUAACACUCAGCUACAAUGGCAGGCCUUAGCACAUCUGGUCUGAAAAACACAGGAAGAGGAAAUACAUUGUUUAUCAGACUAAAUACAGUUGGAUUCGACAUCUUUCAGUAAAAUGGUCAGAGAUGGUGGCUGAUGUAUGCUGGGGCAGAUUUUCAGUUGCUGUAAAUAUUACAGUUCUGUGUAUUCCAGUGGUUAUAAUAGUAUUUACAGCCCAUUGAGGAACACCAUUUCUUUGCAGAAUAUAAAAUAAAAAUUAAACCAUGUGCUAUGGGUCAGCUAAUGAGAGAUGCAGAAUCCCUGCAUUUUCUUUGGGCUACAUGCACGUUGUAAGCCUUUCAGUUGUGCUAGGAUGAGAAAAAUCUGGGUGGGUUCAGCCUGAAGAGAGCAGUUGUGUGCAUUCAUUAUUGCUCAUAAUCUGUCUUUUAUUUGUGUUUGAACAGAGUCCAUUAAUUACCAGUUUAUUUCAGGUUUACAGCAUGUGUAUAUUUGUACUGUGUACUGGGAGAGAGGGAAACUCCUUCCAGGGGCCUCCCGCAUCAGGACUGACAGGAGAAGCAUUGGAAAGAGCUGUCAGCAUGCCAGUCUGUUUUAUCUGUGAAUUGUGUUCAUGUCUGGUAGGAACUCAAAGCUACUGGUAACAGCGGUUUAGCCCAGAUUCAUCUCAGCCAGCCUUAGGCUGCUGUGCUCCUUACCUAGGUGCCCAGGGUGUGCUAUAUGGUCACCUGAGAGAAACAGAAAUUGCCUGGUGGGUGGAGAGGAUAUGGUGCCUUCUCAUUGUACCAGUUACAUACAGGAAACUUCUGAACUUAAGCACGUCACCAAGCGUCUGUAAUUUAUGAUGAAGCUGUGCAUUGCUGUGCUCAGCAGCAGCACGCCCCUGCAGCCCAGCUCCCUCUUGUAGCUUACGCAUACAUACCUGCAGGGUGUUUUGGAAACCACUUGGGCUGAGCUGUGUUGGCAGUGGGGAGGGAAGGGGCAGGAAAGUACAUCUACCCUCCGGUGAGUGUCCGUGUAGAGUUUUCAUUUCCCUGCUCAGUGGAGAACUGUGUGUAGAUGAGCCUGCAGUAUGUUUUCUGUAUUUCUGUGGAGCUUCACCUCUUAGGUUGGAGCUAGUUAUGAGCCAGGCUUCAGUGACUGUGAUGGACAGUGAGAUGAAGGAACUCUUUGAUCUUGCUCAGAUCUUACAUCUAGAUAGCUGGCUUGUUCUCAGUUUUCCUUGGGAGCACUGUGUGAGAAUUCAGCUGCAAGCACCAGUUCCUCUGGAGCUAAGGUAGAGCUUUCCUCUUCAUCUGCUGUUUCUGCUAGGAGUACCUGAUCUGGUGAUGCUACUUACUGCUGUCUCUGGAAUUCAGCUAAAGAGAGAAUAAAGAUAAUCCUGUGCCAGAAUGGAGAGGGGCUAAAAGAAAGCAAGCAGUGUCACAACCAGGUGAGACAUCCACUGUCACUGUAUCAUGCUGCUUCAUGGCAUGUUUUGCCCUUGUUUCUGAAAACAAUGAAAGAGCACAGUUCCAUCUUAACCAGUGCUGUCUUCCCAGCAUCAGCCUCUCAAUGACCCCAAGGUUAGUGUUCGCUGUAGAAAGUAAGUCAGACCUAUUUCUCCCUGGAGGUUUGAAUGAACUAACAGAGUGCUGGCUUGUAAGAAGUGGAAAGAAGGGAAAAUGCAGAAGCUUGAAGGCUCUUGACCUUUGCUUGCCCUGCAGAAUUCACUUACCUAAAAGUUGAUAAGCAAGGCAAGUUUUACUCUUGCUGUUCUGACAGAACAAGUAUUGCAAUCACUCAUUUUUAACACACAGAAAUCUCCACUUUGUUUUGAAAGCAAAGGAGAGGAAAGAUACCUAGUACUUUAUGAUGAGAAUUUAGUGGAUUAUCUCCAAUACACUGUAGUAAAUGAGGCCAUUCCCUUUUUUAACCUUGUCCAGUACCAUUUUAAAAACUGUUUUUUCAUGACAUUAUAUGCAAUAUGGUGUCUGGCUGUAACUGUGGUUAUUGGGAAGGAAACUCUUGCAAUGUCCGCGCAUGAUAUGAAAUAAUUUUUCUAAUGUAUGAUUUGCUGACUUUGGGCAAAAGCCUAUUUUCAUCCUGCUCGCCAAGGAACUCUUGAGGCAGGCAAAUGCACUCCCUUCUCCUCUACAGAGCAGAGAAAGCAUUUCUGGAGCCCAUACAAAGUGAUUCAUGGCCUUAUGCAGUCCCUGUAGGCCAGAAAGUCCAAAGAUGCAGACACACUCUUCCUCUGUUUUCCUCUGAAAUGAGAGCACAGCAGUGACUCUGACAACUAGUCCCUGGCUGCUGAGUAACCAAGCUGUAGUUUAAGGUGGGGAGUGUUCUCCCUUUUGCACUUAAGAGUACUGUGUAUUCAGGCUGGAUAUCAGUAUUUGUUUCUGUAAAUAUGACAGUAUCAAUUUGUGUCCUCCACCUAAGUCCCAUAUCUGUCUAUAUUCAUAUCUCCCAAGGAGAGAAGAUAAUCUUUAAGCUUCUGUAAUAUUAAAUAUCCCUGCCCUAACCCGAAUGCACAAAAAUAGAAUGCAAUGAAAUCUAGCUACUUUCUUUGAUUUAUUUUGUUCUUGGAAAAAUAAUUUUGCCUACAGUCAGUAGUAAUGAAAAGAUAGUUUCAAUGAUCAGAGGGCAGUAAAACUGCUUAGAGUUGUUCAGAAUGCCUGGGAUGAUCGUGUAAAUUAGAGAUGGGAAGGGCUAGUAGAGGGCUCGGUUCCCUGCACUGAACAGUGCUGGGUUACGCCUGUAUUCUCCGUCAAGCUUGUGGUAUCCUAGGAUGAGUAGAUUUACCAAGUAGCAUGACACAAACUUACCGGGUCAAGUUACAUGAGGUUUGGUGAUAUAUUAAAAUUCUGUAGGGAAAGAUUUUUUAAAUGAAAGUUGUAACAGCGAAAAAUCCCCUCAAUAGCUCAAAUAUCAUUUUCUCACUUCUAAAAAGGGAGCUUUUGAAGCACAGGUGGGGGUUACAGCCAGUAUUUCAAGUUCAAUAGUCUGAGCAUUUGGGGGUUUUUCUCCUUCUGCAGUGAAGAGCAUCUGCACUUUUUCAGUGGAUAGUCAUUGCAAAAAUGACUUACACGGUAUUGUAAAAUGUAGAGUGGUAACUGAGGGUCCCGUGGCACUUUUCACAGAUUAAGGUGGGAUUCAUCUGAUGGCAUGUUGAUGUCUGCAUUUGAGCAGGACACCAUAGCUAGUCAGUGUACCUAAUGAGUGCAAGCGAGCUCAUCCUAAAUGCCUGGAGUUGGUCAGACGAGCUGCACCCUAAACUCCACGGACUUGAGACGUGGCUUGCUGGCACUACAGAUGUCUGAAAUGAGGCAAGAUGGGUCUUCGCCUGGAACAUGCUGGCCGGAUUGCAGCACUCAUGUUUGUGCUAUGGUUAGCAAUGGUACUUACCUCUGCUUUUGACUUGACUCUUGUUGGGAAGUGUGAGGCCUUUUUUUUUUUUUUUAAGUUUUGUUUUCUUUUUGGCCUUUUUUUUUUCUUAUUCUAGAGCAGGUAGCACUACAGUGGUGGAUAACUGAUCCUCGGUUAUAAUACUGUGGCAUAAAAAUGAUUUGGGGUUUCCCAAGUAUUGAAAGAUAAGGUUACUAUAUGAACAUUGGACUGUGCAUAACUUAGAAUGUGUUAAGACAUUUAAUAUUUGUGUCCUGAUUGAUGAAAGUAUUUCCUUACACUUACUCAGUACUACAUACCUAUCAUGAAACUUUCCCUAAAGAAUCCACUAGAAUGACAGAAGAUUCAAGUCUUAUCUGUGAUACGAAAAGAUCAACCACAAGAGCUCCGUUAGGAUUUCAAAAUGUUCCCCCCACCUCUAGUUCCAGCUUACGAAAGCGUUUCCGAUUUUGCAUAGCUGGCUAUCUGCAUGUAUGCUCACAGUCUGUACAGAAAUGCACUAAAAUGAGUUGCCCUAGCUGGGAAGGCUUUAUCUUGUAUAGAAAAUGUGGCACUAGGUACUGCUCUUCAUGUGCACAGGAGAGUUAACAGGUGUCGAUCUCGUUUACAGAAAUGAUGGCGCUUUGCAAUUUUCUAUAAUAUAUUGCAAUAUAUUUAAAUGUCCUGUUUGACAUGUGAAAUGAAAUUAAGUUAAUGCGUUGUUAUGUAUUUGAAGUAUGAGGAAGACGAUUCACUAACGACCAGCAAGGUUUUUAGAAGGUGUCCAGUAUGUAGCCGUCUGUGUGAUCUGUCUGGUGUAUUAAUGUUAAAGGAAGCAACAAUACUGUCACUGUUUAGAAUGAAGAGUUUCUUUUGAAUGAUGCAAUAGCUUACAGUGUCUUUCCUUUGUAGCUGCCCAAUGUGGUGAAGGGGAAGCAAUUCUUGAAAAAGUUCAAGAUAACUGGUUAACUGUGAAUGGGCCUAAUCUUUCGUGAAACCAAGAAAAUUUUUGGACACACACAGGACUUGAAUACUCAAAAGGAUUGGAACUUAGUGUUGUGCCAAAGUUAAACUACUGCAGUUGGCAGAAGUUCUGCACUGUAAAUAGAAGACUGAUUAAAAGACAGCUUGUAAAAAAAAAAAAAAAUCAAAUUUUAAUACAGUACGUUUUUAUUCUGAUACAUGAUGGAAACAUUGUUUUAGACCUUUUUUGAAGAGGCUUCAGUGACCACUAGAUUUUUGUCCUCUUAUAUUUUGUUUGGCCUAAUACUAUAUGUUCUAGUAAGAUGGGCUUUAUUGCCUGUGUUCUUUGAUAUGUGAUUAAGCUUAUAGCUUUGAGUGACCAAACAUUUUACAGAGUAAAAGUUCUUAGAAACAGUAUAACGUAACUGAUAUUUCUGUGUCUUAUUUAUCAGGCUCUGCACAAACUUGGAAAGUUGUGCUGGACUUGUACAACUCGUAUAUGGGAACGCAGCAUACUUCUGGAUAUUACAAACCUAAGCCUUUGUGGCAGUAAGGAUCUUGUCUUUGGAUUUAUUUUUGUUAUUUUUUUGAGGCAAAGAGACAAAUGGAUGCUGCUGUAAAGUAUUUGUAAUAUUGCCAUUAUUGCUUUCUGUAGCAAUUACUGCUUUUGCUUCAACAGAUAAAGAAAAUAAAUCAGAGAUAGAAAAAAAAAAUCCUAAAAGACGCUGGUAGAAGAAAGGAUCAUGUGGGAACUUCUGAAAAUAAACUUUGUACCAAAAA